GCAUCAGUGUACACAACGGCCGACGUUCCUAGUUUAAGCGAGAUGUCUCGCGGUGCGACCGUUGGAAGCGUCGUUGAGAUGUCCAGUUCUGUCAAACUUUCAGUCAUAAGUUUAGAGUAAAUAAUUCCACCUUAUUUUGUUAUUUAACGUAAAUAUGAAAACCGUGUGCUGGUGUGUUACGGUUUUAUUGUCUUCUGUGGCGCUGUGUGCGGAUUUUGAGGACGGAGGGCGGCUCGGUUGGGGGGCGCAGGCGACGUUUGCGAAGAGCCACACAUGGAGAAACGCUCUCGGCUUUAAAGGCUCACCGCUGCCGCUGGCGGGCCACAGGAAGGUGAAAAGGAGCGAAGGGUCCGCUGGAGACUCGUGCGGCUCCCUGCAGGGCUAUGAGUCCAGGCUAAAGGACAACACACAUACUUAUGCCUUUAAUGACCUGAGCGGCUCUGUGUCUCUUGCCUGGGUUGGAGAUGGAACAGGGGUGCUGCUGGUCCUCACCACAUUUCAGGUGCCUUUCUUCAUGAUCCGCUUCGGCCAGUCCAAACUGUACCGAAGCGAAGACUAUGGAAAGUCCUUCCAGGAUGUUACGGACCUCAUCAACAACACCUUCAUCCAGACUGAGUUUGGCAUUGCCAUUGGCCCAGAGAACUCUGGGAAGGUUAUCCUCACAGGUGACGUGUCUGAAGGGAGGGGCGCACGGAUCUUCCGCUCGCUGGAUUUCGGGAAGAGUUUUAUUCCCUCUGACCUUCCCUUCCAACCUAUAAUGCAGAUUGCUUACAACCCGGAAAACAGCAGCAUACUCACUGCCAUCAGCAUCGCAUAUGACCUGUGGCUGUCUACUGAUUUUGGACACAGCUGGAAGAAGAUUCAUGACACAGUUUGUUUGGUGAAAUGGGGCAGUGCUGACACUCUGUUCUUCACUUCAAACCCCAAUGGAUCUUGCAGUGACAAGGGUAUGCUGGAACUGAGGAAGACCUUGGACUAUGGCCAAAGCUUUAAGACUAUAGGGAGCAGGAUCUACUCCUUUGGGCUGGGAGGUCGCUUUAUUUUCGCCUCAGUCAUGUCUGCCACGGGUUCAACACGUAUGAUCCAUGUGUCAGUGGAUAAGGGUGAGGUGUGGAACAUGGCCCAGCUGCCCACGGUGGGACACGAGCAGUUUUACUCCAUCCUGGCCGCCAAUGACGACAUGGUAUUCAUGCAUGUGGACGAACCUGGAGACUCAGGGAUGGGCACCAUCUACGUGUCGGAUGACCGAGGCAUCGUGUUCUCCAAGUCACUUGAGCGCCAUCUGUACACGUCCACAGGGGGCGACACUGACUUCACAAACGUCACGUCCCUUAGGGGGGUCUAUAUGACCAGUGUACUAGCUCAGGAUGGUUCUGUUCAGACCGUGGUGACGUUCGAUCAGGGGGGGAAAUGGAGACCCCUGCAGAAACCCUGGAAUGGGGAAUGUGACUCUACCACAGGGGAUCCUGACAGGUGCAGUCUCCACAUCCACGCCUCCUACAGCACCUCCAUGAUGCUCAAUGUGCCGAUGCUGCCGCUGACAGAACCCAACGCUGUCGGUCUCGUCCUUGCUCACGGCAGCGUAGGGAAUGCUGUGUCAGUGUUGUCUCCUGAUGUCUUCGUGUCUGAUGAUGGGGGAUACACGUGGUCACGGGCGCUCAAGGGACCCCACCACUAUGCCAUCCUAGACUCUGGAGGACUGCUGGUAGCCGUUGAACACACCCCUGCCCAGCCCAUCUAUCAAAUCAAGUUCUCCACAGACGAGGGCCAGUGUUGGCACGUGUUUAACUUCACAGAUGAACCGAUAUACUUUACGGGAUUGGCGUCUGAGCCUGGGGCUCGGUCCAUGAACGUCAGCCUAUGGGGUUACAGGGAGUCUAUGCUAAGUCAGUACUGGGUGUCCGUCACCAUCGACUUCAGGCAGCUUUUCUCCAGGGACUGUGGUGAGGAGGAUUACGUGCAGUGGCUGGCCCACUCUGAUGACACCAGCGACCCGGCUGACGGCUGCUUGCUGGGAUACAAAGAGAAGUUUCUGCGGUUACGGAAAGACUCCGUGUGCUGGAACGGACGUGAUUAUGUAAUCACCAAGCAGCCCACGCCGUGUCUGUGCACGCUGAAUGACUUCCAGUGUGACUUUGGAUUCUACCGUGCGGAAAACAGCUCUGAAUGUGUGGAACAGCCAGACCUGAAGGGCCACACGCUUGAGUUCUGUCUGCAUGGCCGCAAGGAGCAGCUGCAGACCAGCGGUUACAGGAAGAUCCCAGGGGACCGGUGUGAGGGAGGCACCAUGCCGGAGAGGCGGGUGAUCGACCUAAGCAAGAAGUGUGUCAGUAACCUGCUGAGACCAGAGCUGCUGUCGGAGGCUCAUUCCGGCAGCUCGGCUCCAGUAAUAGCUGUAGUCAUCAUUGUUCUGCUGAUCAGUGCGGUGGCCGGGGUUCUGCUCAUCAAGAAGUACGUCUGCGGAGGAAGGUUCCUGGUUCACCGCUACUCAGAGAUGCAGAGGCACGUUGAGGCUAAUGGCAUUGAGGGAGUGGACGACCUGGACACCACAGAGGCAGGGAAGACGCAUUAUAAUGACGACUCUGAUGAGGAUCUCCUGGCCUAAAAUCGAGCAGGAAACUGUCAGGUAGAAUCCUAACUCUUACUAGAGACUAACCGGGAUGCCUACCCUUCCAGUGCCCUGCACCGGCCCCUCUGUGUCAUCAUUAAUGUUACAUUUCUUGCCUUCAGUGUUUUUUUUCCCCUCUUCUACUGUCUACAUUCCCUGAGUGGUAGCAGUUAAACCCUGGCCUACUCAGCUUCCUGCAUAAGUUCACCAAAGCUCUGGGGCUAAAAAAAAAAAAAACUGGACCGCUUUUCCGGAGGACUGGGAAAUGAAAGGAUAGACAUUUCCCAGUGGGUCAGAUCCAGCCACUGGACAGGAGCUCAGAGUUCUUGGCAGUAUUUUUGUCUUGACAGUUUGAUUUUUUUUAUUUUUUAUUAUAUGCCUGUUUUUUUUUUCUCCCCGUGUUUCAUCUUUUGCAGGUGUGACACAGAUGACUUGACUUGGUGGUUGUGGUUGUGGUUUGUGUGCAUUGGAAUCAUCAGUUGUAUAGCAGCAACUUCAGAUUUUCUAGCACCUUUUGGUUCUCCUAUAUUCCUUAAGACACGAGGACUGGAUUUUCAGUCACAAAUUAGUCUUAGUUUCACAAUAAAGGAAUUUUCGAUGGACAAUCUCCAUUAAUAGUCUUUAGUCUGACUUGAUCUGUAUCCAGACAAACAGGCUAUAAACGAUGCUAAUUUAAAUACUAGUGACGGGUACAAAUAAUCAGAUGGUGGUACUUAUGAAAUUGAAACAGUUACUGCAAUAAGAAGACCAAAUAAAACAACCUGCUUUCUAGCAUUGUGGUCUUAAACUUGAGAGCUUACUCUUUUUGUUUUAUGACAAUUUCUAUGUUAAACUGAACCUUUUUGAUUGCUUCUCGCCAAAUCAAGUGUUAGUAUAGGGCAAUAACAGUUCCGAAGACAAAGUAAAAGUACAAGGAACAUUCGCCAUUCGUGCCUUGCUGUUUGUAAAAAGGCUUAACAGUUUACGGUACUGUGCUGUAAAUAGAAGCAUCUUUCUUAGCCUAGAAAGGAUGCACUGUUUAGCAGUUUGGCUAAAAUCAACUGAUCUGAUGAUGAAACUGCAGUCUUGCUUUGAGAGAUAGAACAUGUAUGUAUGUUCUUUAAUAGAGUUGUGCUUUUUUAUGUUACUUUUCAUUUCUUAGUUCCCUGUCCUAUUACUUAAUAGAGCUCUGAAGUCAUGAGUCAUUCUGUAAUCUGGGUCUUGCCCACAUUAGCAACUCCAGGUCUUAGUAGUUUUUCCCAAUGGGGGAAAUGAAUGCUGUUUUCAAAGAUCGCUGGCCUUUCACUCUGUGAAUGUAAGACUGCUAUUAAACCUCCAACUAUAAUAUACACCGAUAAGCCAAAACAGGACAAUGUAAUAAUGACGCAUGUCGAGGUCUGGGACUUAAUCAAGUGUAAACAAACAGUCAGUUAUCAUAGAUGAUGUGCUGGAUGUUGGCGUGAAGACCUAAGCAAGACCAGAUCAUUACGGCCAGAUGACUGGGUCGUAGUGGUGGGCUUGUGUGGUGAGUACCUACCGGCUGUGGUCCGAGGAGGGACAAAGCACAAACCAGCGACUACAACAAGGGCUAUCCUGUCUGAUCUACACCGACAGAAGAGUUACUGUGGUCACAGAUUUUUUUUUUUUACCAGUUUUCUCCACAAUUUAGUCAUAUCCAAUUCCACCCACUAGUUAGGACCCCCAAUCACAUGAUACUACCAGCACUUCCACCGAGACCUAUGAAGCACCACCGCUAACCCGUCAUUGGACAGCUGAACACGCUCGGAGGAAAGCGCCAACUGCCAGAUCUAACAGACGCCUACACUGACUAGCAUCACGAUGAGUGAUGUGGGGGAAGAAGGGGGGCCAUCCUACCCACCCAGAGAGAGUAAGGCCAAUUGUGCUCCCUUGGGCUUCCGGCCACGGAUGGCUAUAGCAUCACCAGGGAUCGAACUUGCGUUCUUGCAGCGAUAGGGCCAACGCUUAAGACGGUUGAGCCACUCGUGAGCCUGCUGCGGUCUGAGUGUCCAUUUUAACUCUUGUCCGCCAUAGCCAGCACAUACAGUGGGCACAUGAAUGUCAGAACUGGACCUUGGAGCCUAGUUCGAUUCCCAAGUCCCAUUUUCUUUUACAUUACUUAGACGGCCGGGUACAUGUGCAGCGUUCAUCUGGGGAAGUGAUGGCACCAGGAUAUACUGCGGAAAGAAGACAAGCUGGUGGAGGGAGUAUGACGCUCUGGGCAAUGACUGCUUGUCCAGGCAUUUAUGUGGACCUCAGUUCGACUAAUGCCACCAGGAGGACAAGGUACUCUCCAUAUACAACACGGCACCUUCGGAGGUCAUACCUCUGCGAGUUGGGGCUGUUUUGAUGGCAGGUGGUCAUGUUUUGGCUCAUCUGUGUAUAAACCCUAAUCGCCAAAGUAACUUUACCACACUUGACAAACUUUGCUGAUAUGCGUGUUAGAUUAUGGUGAGUUUGGGAAUAUUGUGAUGCAGUAGUGGUAGCUUAUAUGUAGCAAUACUUGUAUUUUGACUACUCAACCUCACCGUUCAGAGAACCCAGAGGAGAGAAAUGUAUGAAGGCCAAAGCUUUGGAACAUUUUUGCCCACUGGAAGGUGCAACAGUACCAGUUUUUGAAAAUGUCAUUCAUUUUUCCCAUAGAGAAAUCUGCUUAGACCCAGAGUUCCUAAUAAGGGCGUGAAAUGACGAAACAACUUCAGAGGUCUCUGAGGGACAUAGUGCGCCUGCACUGCAGUUCUUCACUGAUGAUCCAGCACACUUAUCGUACUUAAAAUAAGCUGAGAUUUGCUGAGAAAUUGUGCACUGAAAAAAAAAAAAGCUCCUGAUAGUAUGAUUGCAGGUUUUGGGAUCAUCGUGUGGUGACUGAUAACAGCUACAGGUUAAGAUUACAUUACAAUACAGAAUAACGGGUUAAGGAAAGCAAGACUUCAGUUCCCACAGCCCUACUAUAUUUUUAUUACACAAAGUCUAAUGGGAGAGAAGAUGCAUCAUUAAUUAUGAUCAUGCUAAUAAUAAUAGCAAUAGGUACAUUUUAGAUGAUGACUGUUUAAUCUUAACAUCAUUUAGUGUGUUUUGCAGUAUUGCAGAACAUCCCAGUGUAUUAUAAUUUGCUGGUUAAAUUGAAACCUGGUUAAGUUGUUUUACCUUUUAAGUUUUCAUGGCAAUAAAACGUUACAAAAGACCAAUUUAAUAAUACAAGGGCUGAAUGCCUUUGAAUUUGACACUUCUGCCAGAACUUUUCAAAGGACAUGCUGAACAUGAUGUGAACACAGUAUUCCUUAUGCACACCCUUACAAAUACAUACCUCAGGGGCCCUUAUACUCCCGUUAGUUACGUCAAAAUGUGAUGGGGAAAAGCUAGAGGGUUUAAGUGGUUGAUUGCUGGAUCUUUUUGGCUUUACUAAAACCAGCUAUAAUGCUUUGUAUGACAGCGUAGAGGUACUGGGAUGCAAAAAGAACAAUCGACAGCAUCCAGCUUUUGAAUGUAAAGGGAGUCGGAGUGAAUAGCAACAUUGUUUCCAAUGCUGUAAAUAAAAUGUUAACAGUAAGCUACUACUGUCCGUUACUACAUUUCAUAUGUUGACGCCGUUUGAGUUAGCAUAUUAAGUGUAGUUGUUCGUCCUCACUUGUUUUUCAAUCAGAAUAAAAACGUUUUAUCCAG